CCGGCAACACCGUACCACCGCCAUGCGCCUGCACCUCGCGCUCACCCUGACGCUGCUCGCUGCAGCCGAGGCAGGCGCCCUGUGGCCAUUCAAGCAGAAACGCUUCACGGCCGAGGCGCUCGUCAAUGCCGGCGACCUGGGGCUCAAGCUCGACGGCGGGCGGGUCGCGGCCAUUGGCGAUGCGGACGGCGACCAAAAUUCCGACCUCUUCGUCAUCUCCGAGGACAAGAAGAAGGUCCGAUUGUGGCUGUGGGACCGGGCCAACUUCCGGUACAAGCCCGGCGCGGAGCUCUCGUUCAAGGAGCACGUGAGAAAUGUCGUACCGAUGGACUUUGACGCCGACGGACGGCUAGACCUGCUCGUCAUGAUGGGCGCUGUCGCCGAGGGCGGGUGGUGGGGCGGCGGGGGCAAGCCGAGAACAGAUAUGGAGAUUGUGCUGUCCGGCGCAGGGGGUUUUGGCACAGGGGACACCUGGCCAGUACAGAGCUGCACGGCCGGCCAGCCGCUCAUCUUCGACGCCGAGGGCUCACUCCGCCCGUCGAUGCUCGCGUUCCUCCGAGAACAGUACCAGGACCCAGUCCCGCGCGUGUGGUUCAACAACGGCACAGGGCUCGAAGUGACCACGUCGGGCAUCAUGACGCCCGCCGAGAAUGCGUGCGAGCUCGGCGACCUCCACUCGUCGGCCUAUGUCGACAUUGACGGCGACUGCCGCCCCGACCUCGUGCUGCACUGCAAGAAGGCGCGCCCGGGCGAGAUGAAGCUCCAGACAUGGCUGAAUAACGGCGAGGCGGGGUACAAGAUCCACCAGGAGUACGAUCUGCCUGCUGGAGCGCAGGCACUGACGUUUGCGGAUAUCAACCGCGACGGCGCGAUCGACCUCGUCUUCCCCACUUGCGCCAAGACGUUCCCCUCGAGGGGCACAGGAAGCGACUGUGAGAUUCACAUCGCGUAUAACAUGCAGGCGGGGCUCUGUUUCACGGAAACGUCGCAGUAUGACCGGUCGGGCAAACUGCUCAAGUGCCGCGGCUGGGGCGACUUGUGCACACGGGACAGCGAAGCGAGGUUCAGCCUCCGCAAGGCUGACAAGUGGCAUACAUCGUUUACCGUCGCCGAGCUCUUCCCCGACGACACGGGCGUCGAGCUCAUGGUCGCGCAGCCAGGCAACCGCAACGUCCAGAUCCCUAUCCGCGCCGGCGACUUUGACGUCGACGGAUUCCCAGACCUCCUUAUCUCCGCACGAAACGGCACCGGCCACCGCAAGGUCAAGGUGCUGAAGAAUGUGCCGUGCGGCAAGGGGGUACAUGGGUGUCCCACUGAAUCUGGGCGCGGCUUUGUCGUUGCCGGAGGCAAGGGCUGGGAGGCGCUGGAAGCGAUUACCGACUCUACUGGCGCCAACUGGAUCGAUCUGGAUGACGACGGCUCGCUUGACAUCAUGGUGCAUCGCGACGGCAAGCAGCAAAUCACAUUCCUCCAGAACAACUUCUUCCACGACGCCUUCUUCCUCAAGGCGCAGGUGCUCAACGGCGCGUGCGAAGGAACGUGUGAGCCGGCGGGCGGGGGCAAGAAGUACUCUGCCCUCGGGGCGGGCUACUCUGGUGCGACGUUCAAGUUUACCGUGUUUGACACUGCUGGCCGGCGGCAUGCGCAGCAGGUGCCGCAGCUGCCACAGACGGGGUACCAGGCGCUCCAGUCGCCCCACACGUUUAUCGGGCUCGGCAGGACGAACAACUAUGUCGAGAACCUCGUGGUCGGCACGUCGCUGUACGCACCCGACGACAAGACGACCCUCGAGGCGGUGAUUCCCAACUCGCAGGUGAUUGUCAACCCGCCAUGGCCGCUGAGCGGCGACUCGCUAUACAAGCUCAAGCCGCCCGUCACCAAGAGAAACAAGGAGUGGCGCACCGAGCUCUUCCUCCACCCCGGCGACUGGAUCCCGUGGGUCGCGGCCGCCGUGCUGGGGACAGUGGUGACGCUGGGUUUCGUCGUGUGGCGCCUCGACGAGCGCGAGAAGAAAGAGGACGAGCGUGAGAGGCGGCGGGCACUGCACGCGAUCAAUUUCCAGGCAUUGUAGUGUUGUAGAGAUGCAUAGAGGGCGCGCCGCCGAGCCGCCGAGCACGGCGAGGCGACGCAAGGCGUGGUGGUUAUUG